GUGUAUUCUAUCUUUGUAUCAUUCUGUAGCGAAGUUUUCAAAGUGUUAGUUUAGACCUGCUGAAAUAUGACGUCACACAAUCAUCGAACAAAAGAGAGUCUUCAUCGCCAUCUCCUCAACACUCUCAUCGAAAGAUUCCUCGACGGAAGCAAAAAAGAUGGCCAUAAUUUCAUCGCAUGGAAGACGCACCUUAAGAGGUAUUGCAACAUGGCGGCUCAAGAGGAGAAGGGCCUUAAGUCAGAUUUUAGUUAUCUGGAAAGGAGGGGUCUCUUGUCCGUGGGUCAAUACAGCAUCAUUAACAAGAUCUUCCAGAAGUUUGACCCCAGAGCAGUCAGUUUCAUUAACAAGGUCAAAAAGGAAAUGGCCGAUUUACCCUCCGAGCAGAAAAUGGAGGCAAAGUCUGCAACUCUCAAGAUCGAAGCAUUUAUUCUCCCGGUUGAGAAAACUGUCGAAAAUGCAUUAUGGGAAAUAAUUCAUGACACUGUCUCCUAUAUUGAGUCCUCCCCGGAUCCUGUCGUCUCGACCGAGGAAGCUCUGGAAAUUCUUGACAGUAAUUCCGCCGGAAGUAGAAAGAAACCCAAACUUAAAGACCUCAUAGAUAAAACACUGAAAAUUCAAAAAGAGUCACUUGGUGAUAAAGACCAUGUCAACGGAACUGGUGUCCUUAAAUCUAUUUUUCUUCUCUACCAAAAACUGCGGAAAAUGAACCACCUUAAGCGAUUAAAGAUUGGCCCAAAGGGGAGUUUUGUUCUGCUUGCCGAAUUUUCAACCGUUGUAGAUUUAAAGAGUUGUCUUGCAGAGAGUAAUUUAAAAAUUCUGAAUAGUGACGUCACGGACCUCUUUGCCACGGCGUAUGAAUACCUCGGAGUUGACAUGAAGUAUGGAAACGUCAUAGUAAAAGUGAAAGAAGCCGGGAUAAAGGAAGGGAGGAAAAAGUCUCCAGAAAUCGACAGGGGGUCCCCUGAGGAGAAGAGAGCGGCACAGAGGAGAAUCGCUGUUGACGAUUUAAAUGAAAUCUGUCAUAUAACCUUUGUUCUGCCUGACCAGUUCUGGGUCAGUGAUUCCGAAGGGUCAAUGAUUCUGGUGAACUAUGACGGAGAAAUACUAGAUACUCUCAAAACGAAAGCUCACGCUUGUGGAAAACACGCCAUAACAAAUAAAGGUGAGCUUCUGUACCUCGACCAUGGCUGCGUGAUGAAGUAUGUUUUGGGACAUGGCGCAAAAACUCUCGUAUCGGACAUCACGUGCGGUGGUUGGUGGGAGUGGUCAAUUUUCUGCAGUCAUCAAAAUGGCGACAUCUUAGUUGGAAUGACAGACGAAGAUUUAGACCAUGGUAGAGUCCUUCGAUUCAACAAAAUUGGGGAGUUAAUGCAAACGUUAGAAUUUAGCUCUUCAAUGAAACACCUUUACAGUGUUCCUAGGUAUAUAACUGAGAACGUAAAUCGUGACGUCUGCACAUCUGAUAACGCGGGAAUCGUGGUAGUUGAUAGGGCGGGAAAACACCGAUUUACCUACCACCUUAGAAUUCCUCCGCACGGACUUUGCACCGACUCUCAUGGGCAUAUUAUAGCAUGUAACUGGACAUCCGCCAUUUAUGUUAUAAACCGUGAUGGCCAUCUUUUGAGUAUAUUAGGUGUGGAUACAAGGGACGUCAUCUCCCUAUGUAUAGAUGAAGAACAUAAUCUCUAUCUGGGCUCAGAUUGUUCGAAUACCAUCAGUGUUUAUAAGAUGUCCAAAGAGGAUACGGCACAUAAGUGUUCAAAUAUUUAGGAUCAAACUUUCAUUUUGCCACUGGUUAUGGCACGUUGUAAUUGUAUUAGAAUAAACAUACACUGUACAUGUAUCUACUGUUUUAAAAGAGACAGAAAUAUAAA